AUGUCCCAGGACUUUGGUCUCCACGGUUUCUCUCAGAUCACAUCAAAGGGUCGCGAGCUGGCGAAAGCCGUUUGCAAAACGCACUGCCUCAAAGACUGUGCGCAAACCCUCCAGUCAAAAGCAAUGAAGGAAACUGCCCUUGGCCGGCACACAAAACGGCGAGUUCACGCGGGCGAUCAGGUGCUCCAGGGUGUUGUCAGUUCCACCACCGACAAC